AUGCUGCGCAACGGCGUCAUGGCCAGCGCCGAGGCGCGCGCUGAGUACACGCGCAUGGCUGGUGCGACCGCAUCGUCACUGGCGGCGGACGGGGGUGCCGUGCGCGGUGGUGGCAGCUGCAGCGGCGCGGUGCGGAAGAAGGUGGAUGGCUGCUGCCCGAUCUGCUUCAACGAGAUGGUGGCGGGCGCAGCGUCCACAUCCUGGUGCGCCGCCUGCGGCAACAACCUCCACACCCUCUGCAUGCACCGCCUGGCAGACGCCGUGCGCAAGCGGCGCGAGCGGCUCGCGUGCUGCUUCUGCCGAGCGGAUUGGGAGGCGGGCGACCUCGAGCCCGUCAACCUGCGGGACUUCAGCAAGGCGCACAGGGAGGCCGACCUGUCAUUCAACACCCGGUACCCCGGCUACCGCGGGCAGGUUGGCGGCUCAUACCGCCGCACGCCGGGGGCUGUGGAGAAGCAGCCGACAUGGCACGACGGCGGCGGCGUCAAAGGUGCUGACGCGCCUGCAAAGGCGACUGCCGCCAAAGUGAUAAAGAUCGACUGCAGCAGCGACGAGGAUGGGGACGGAGGCUUGCACGGCAUGGACGAUGACGAGGGCCGUGAUCAUUGCAGUGACGAACAGGAGUGCGCCGGGCACGGCCACAGCAACGGCAACCAGACUGGGGACUUGGACACAGCCAGCGGCUGUAGGGGCAUUGGCUGCAGCCUUGGCGCUGACGAGGGCUUGCAAAGGCGUGGCAAUGAGGUGGCCAGGGGCAGCGGCCUUGAUGUCAUCGACGAAAGUGAUGACGAGGUGGCAAUUGUGGGAGAGGUGUUCAGGGCCUGCAACGGCCAGAUGGAGAGCGGCGCCUCAGAGGAGGAGGCAGACGAGGAAGAUGGAGAGGUGGACGUUUCUGAUUGGGAGGUCAGCGAGCAGGAGAUGGCGGAAAGUGGUGGGGCGGGGAGCGAGGGGCUGGGGAGCGAGGAUGAAGACGAGUCGCAGGACUUCGGAAGCGAGGGGAGGUCGGAUGACUUUUGA